GUGGCACACGGGUGGGUGAGUAAAACUCCGUCCUGUGUGGAAAAUGAAGAGAGAGGAGAAUUGAGUUGGGUUGGGGGCAUGGAAGAAGAAGAAGAAGGGCUUGCCAUGCUCAUCACUCACCUUCACCAUUUCUCUCACUCUCUUUCUCCUCUCUUUUUUACCCUUCACCCUCCUCUACUCUCUCAUCAACUCCCCAGAUUGUCCUUCUUUGACAUUGAUGAUUACUCCUUAGAUGACUUCUGUGGCCUUGUAAUGGCAGCUGGAAAGUCUGGAAGUUCCAGGAUGUUGGAGCCUCUAAAGCAUCCAUCUAAGAAGUCUCGAAGAGAUAGGAGCCUUGGAAAAUCAUCUGGAAGGUCCUCCAGGGAUGAAGCUAUGGAACAACAAAUUUGGAAAAAAUUGCCUGAGGAUCUAUUUGAGCCUGUGAUUGCACGACUUCCCAUUGCCACAUUUUUCUGCUUCCGCUCUGUAUGCCAGCGAUGGAAUUCCUUGCUGACUUCUCAAAGUUUUUCUCAGCAUUGUGCUCAAGUCCCACAAGCAAACCCAUGGUUUUACACCGUAACUCAUGAACAUGCAAAUUCCGGAGCCAUGUAUGACCCUUCUAUGAAGAAGUGGUAUCAUCCCACUAUAUCAACACUGCCCGCAGAGUUGAUAGUUUUGCCAGUGGCUUCUGCAGGGGGUCUAGUUUGCUUUCUUGACAUUUAUCGUCAAAAUUUCUAUGUUUGUAACCCAUUGACUCAAUCCUUAAAGGAGUUACCAGCUCGUUCAGUUAGGGUUGGGUCUCGUGCGUCUGUAGGGAUGACAGUAAAUGGAAACUCAACUAGUGCUGGCUACAAGAUCCUAUUGGUUGGUUGUGAUGGAGAAUAUGAAAUUUAUGACUCAGUGACAAAGUCUUGGAGCCAUCCAGAAAACAUGCCUGCAGAUAUUAAGCUCCCGCUGUCACUCAAUUUUAGGUCACACGCUGUUUCUAUUGACAGCACCCUGUACUUCAUGCAUUCAGAUCCCGAAGGGAUUGUUUCGUAUGAUAUGGCAACUGGGGUUUGGAUGCAGUACAUAAUCCCAGCACCAUUGCAUCUGACUGACCACAUGCUGGCUGAGUGCGAUGGCCGGAUAUUGCUUGUGGGGUUGCUCACGAAGAAUGCAGCCACAUGUAUAUGCAUAUGGGAGCUGCAGAAGAUGACUUUCUUGUGGAAGGAGGUUGACAGAAUGCCAAACGUCUGGUGCUUGGACUUUUAUGGGAAGCACGUUAGAAUGACUUGCUUGGGAAACAAAGGCUUGCUGAUGUUAUCCUUGAGAUCAAGACAAAUGAAUCGAUUGGUUACUUACAACAUAGCAAGUAGGGAAUGGGUGAAGGUUCCUGCGUGUCUGGUGCCACAUGGAAGAAAACGACAAUGGGUAGCACAUGGUACUGCAUUUUAUCCAUGCCUCACUGCAAUGGCUUGAUUUAGCUUUUAUAAUACAGGUAUACACUAUACAGGAAUAGCCUGAGAAAAUUUCCCUCAAAACCUGGGGUUCUUUUCAAUUUGCUGGUCAUUGAUGCUGAUGUAGGAAUAAUAAUGUUCAUUGCUGUUUAACAAAGCAGAUGGAAAACGAUACGAGUUUGUAGUACUUCAUGUAUUCUUCAUGCUCUCAAGCAUGCACCUCAGUCACCUUGCUUUCAAGACUUUUCCCUGUAUAUGAAAGUUGUGAAGGUUAAAUUCCGGUUACUAUCAUUCUUGUUUUCAAGCUGGAAGGUCCAAACUGGGGUUGGCUCUACCAACUAGAAUUUAAGACUUAAGCAGAAAUUCAUUCAGAAUUGAAGCCUGAUGAGUCAGGGGAGAGGCAUUUGAAGAGCCUAAAAUGUUCUCAACCUGGCCUUGCAGUCUGGUGUCACUUGUCUGCCUCAUGCUGAACCCUUGUUGCUCUUUCUGUCCUGCAUUAUAUAAUAUAUAACAUCAUGUUUCUACAGAAAUUUGUGAACUUCAAAAAGCUGUGUUCUUUGUUCCACACUUGUGCUGUGACUGCUGUCUGCUAAGUGCAAACGAUGGCAUUUCUCAGGUUUCUUACAGCGUCACACGGGGAAGAAGCUGGGAUUUCAAUUUCGAUGGCUCCCCCCAACUACUCGAUGUAGUACCCUUCAAGUGAAGGUCAUUCUAAUUUUACGGCUUAUGAUUGUUGUCUCUGUUUUCAGACAGUGGGAACGAUGAAUCAACCACUAUGAUCUUUACUUUGCAAAAUACAGAUAAUUUAAUUGCGUUUGAUCGCAGAAUAGAGAUUUCGAUAUGUUUCGCUAGUCAAAACUCAAAAGAUAAAGAAGAGUGCUUUCUUUCAAA